AUGCAUUUCGCCAACGCUGCCGCUUUGCUCGCCUUCUCCUCCAUCAGCGUCACCUAUGCCGCUCCUUUCGCCAACCCACAAGAUGAACUUAGCCGUCGCCAGACAAGCUACGAAGUAGUCAAUGUUGACGGAGACUCCAACGGAUCUGCCGCCCCUGAGAUCGAGACUGUGACUGAGACUGCCAAGUCUACAGUGACUGCCGCCGGUGCUCCUGCUGUGCUUCAAACCAUCACAGUAACAGCCACUCCGACUCCGGCUCCCUCUUCACUUGCACCUUCUAGCUCGGCUCCUGCCUCACACUUGGCUCCUCCUCCAGGUGGAUCAUUCAUGCCUGCCAAUAGCAAUGGCUUCUUCCGCCGUGGCCUGAACGCCGCUGGUAACCCAGUUCAAUUCGCACAGAACUACAUCUCGUCUUCCGGUUCUUCCUGGCCCACUGUUCCCACCUCCUUGGCUGUCCGAGACGCUGCUGGCUGGUACCCUUCUCCCUCUUUCACGCCUUCGGCUGCACCAUCUUCCUCUUCUCUGGUUGCUCGCCAGUUCGGCGGUUGGGGUCCAAGUGACUCGACACCUGUCUCUCCUAGCACCACACCCACCGCUUCCCCUUCUCUGGUUGCUCGCCAGUUUGGAGGUUGGGGUCCCAGCAGCUCACUGCCCGUCCCUCCUAGCUCGGCAGCCACUCCCUCUGCCUCUCUAGUUGCUCGUCAGUUCGGCGGCUGGGGUUCCAGCUCUGUUCCCACCCCCUCUGCCACCCCCUCUGCCACCCCCAGUGUGAGCCCCUCUGCAUAUGUUUACGCUCGCGGCUACGAUGCUGCUUCUUGGGGAAUUCCCUCCGCCUCUCCUUCCUCUUUGGUGGCUCGUCAGUUUGGCGGUUGGAGCCCUAGCUCUGUCCCCACUCCCUCCGGACCUGCUUCCAGUGUGAGCACUCCUGUCGCGCCUACCUCUUUCCUCGUCAAGCGUGACUUUGAGAGCCACUUCACUCCCUCUAGCGCUCCCACUCCUACGCCUAGCGCCAGCCUCUCCAUCCCCCUUUCGUCUGCUCUGCUUUAUUAA